GCUCUCACCGAGACGAAGGACGUGCUCCUCUCGGUCCAGCGGUGGAGGGGGCGGAGUUCCGUUCAUUCUGAGACUCGAACCUAAAUUAUGAUUCUAAUAGAAUAGACAAGAACCGCUGGAAUAGCCGCCCACAGAAAUACAUCAACUCAACAAAUUCAUAUACAGAACUAUAUUGCUGCAUUCUCAUGGGCAAAAAGAAUUUCUAAUAUGGCCUCUAAAACAGAAGAAAACACGCAUGAAAGUUGUGAAAAAGAAAGCUCUGAAUUGUGGUCUGAACCCUUAUCCCAGAGGAAGGAAAAUGAAUUGAGACUUCUUACCUUUGAAGAGGCUGAGAAACUGCAAAAUGAUAGAGAUCUUGUUUCAGAGUUCAAACAGCUGAAAUUGGAAAGAGAGGCACAGAAAAACUGGGACCUGUUUUACAAGAGGAACAGUACUAAUUUCUUCAAGGACCGUCACUGGACAACAAGGGAAUUUGAAGAACUCAAAGCCUGUAGGGAGACUGAGCAGCAGAGACUGAUCAUCUUGGAAGCAGGAUGUGGUGUUGGUAACUGUUUAUUUCCACUUCUAGAAGAAGAUCCCAGCCUUUUUGUCUAUGCUUGUGAUUUCUCACCUCGUGCUGUGGACUUUGUCAAGCAAAACCCAUCUUACAAUGCUGAGACAUGCAAAGCGUUUCAAUGUGAUCUGACCAAGGAUGACCUAACAGGCAAUAUCCCUGCAAACAGUGUGGAUGUUUCUACCUUAAUCUUUGUGCUUUCAGCAGUCCAUCCUGACAAAAUGCAUCUUGUUCUACAGAACAUUCAUAAGGUGCUGAAACCAGGAGCAUGCGUUUUAUUUAGAGAUUAUGGACUGUAUGAUCAUGCAAUGUUGCGCUUUAAACCCGGAAGUAAAUUGGGCGAAAACUUCUAUGUCAGACAAGAUGGGACAAGAUCUUUCUUCUUUACUAAAGACUAUUUGCAGUGCCUUUUUAAGAACACUGGUUUUGAAGAAAUGUCAAAUGAGUAUGUACUUCGGGAGACCGUAAACAAAAAGGAAGACCUCUGUGUUCCAAGGGUUUUUAUCCAGAGCAAAUUUUGUAAACCUAAUAAACAAUGUUAAAUGAAUAUAAGAAUGUUUUUAAUAAGUAUAGUUUUGCCAAUAAAACGUGUUUAUUUUUA